UAUACGUUUAGAAGGAACUGCGUGAGAGCACGGUUCACUGUCGAUGAUAGUAACGGCAAGGGAAUACAAGUCUUGGUCGUUACAACACCAACUGAGUGUGCUUGUUCCCUUUUCAACAACAGCAUCUACACCAGAGAGACAUAGAGUAGCUUAUGAAUCAUAACACUUAUCCAUUUUCAUAAGUCAGACAAAGACAACAAUGCUGAUUGGAACUGAUACGUUUUUAUUUGGAGCCCUGAUUUUAAACAUUCUUGCCUGGGCGACUAAGACAUGUACGGAUCCAAGCAAAUUUCCUUUUGUGCAACUCAAUGUGACACUGCCAGGUUUCAGCUACGUUUCCAUUUCAACUGAGGGCAUCACCAUAUGCGUUGUGAAUUGUCUGAAGAGGAAAUGGUGCAAAUCUUUUAAUUUUAACUUCAGAAGUGGAGACUGUGAAUUAAAUUUUGCCACAUCAUCACUCAACAGCAUCAACGCUACUCAUCUGAAGCCAGCGACUGGCUUUGUCUUCUCGGAUAUCAAACACUGGCCUCAGAGAAUGGCUGGUGCUUGUGCGAAUCACAACUGUACAGCCGGCAGCUACUGCAAAGAGAUCGACGGAAUUCAGUUCAGGUGUAUCGGAUAUGCAUCAUCAUGUGGAAAAGUAAAGGAGUGUCACCCCUCCAGCCCCGAUGGUGAAUACUGGCUACGCCUGCCUAACUUUAACCUGUACAGAACCCGGAUCUACUGUCGCGACAUGAACACAGCCACGCCCGUGGAGUACCUGACACUGCCCACGCCUAACCAUGGAAUUUACCCCAAAGUAGGAAAUGUUUUAUGCAGUGGCGAAGAAGGUCUCACAGGGACCUGCACGGGCAGUGGAGGGGAGGUGUGGUACAACAAGAUCAGAGUGCGAAUACAGAACAUGGAGGUUGAGCGAAACGACGCAACGUUUGCAAACUUAACCAACGUCCAUUUGCCCUAUGCCAUGGCCAAGGAUUGCUAUGCACGCCACGAGAAUGGCGUUGUCAGCUCGUGUGGAACCCGGGGCGAGUUUACCGUCAAUCUAACAGGAACUGGAUGGGCAGUGAGGGCAGAUCAACCAUGGAUCGUUGAAGGAUGGAAAUCUGCAAUAGAAUCCAUUGUUCGGAGUGAAAACGGUUCCGUCGUUCACUUGAAGUGUGGCGGCCGCCCUGGAUGGUGUCACCCAAAUGGCUCCUUAACUCUGACAGUUCUCCCAACUAAAGUUGUUGAAGAAUCGUCAGCCACAGAGGUAGAGUGCGUCUAGCGAGGCCGACGCUGACUGUACUGUGAAGCUAAUCCACGCCAAUCUAGCUCAUCCCCAGCACCCAGCCUCACAGAGAACCAAGCUGAGUCCGCAUUGUAAUCGUGCGAUUAUACAUUAUCAAGUCCUUCGUCUUUUACAUGAUGACUCUUAAACUUGAAAUGGGUAGUAUUUAUCUAUUCCGUAUUUCCGUAUCUUGUAAAAUGACCUCCGAAUUAGGAACAUGCCAGCAAUGCAACUUUAAACGAGGUACAUUUCCGUUUUUGAAAGAACCAGGAGUAUAUUUUAAUCCUUUCAUCCCACUCAUACGAAGCAAAGUAUAAUGCAUAAACGAUCAUUGCUUUGCCGAGAACGCACCGUGAGCUUUAAUUUAUUUUAAAAGCAAUCACCUUGCAGUUCUUAAUAAUCCAUCUCUUCUCAGAGUCAGUUAACCCUGUUUUGUAAAUUGAGGGUCGAGUCCUGAUCUGUUAACCAGUCCUCCUCACCAUCAACCAAUUCGUGGUACUCGUUAUAUCUCUGACCGCGCAAAUGUUGUUUUUUUGUGAAAAUUACUGUCAAACUGGUAUGUGGCAUCUCAUUUUUACAGAAAUGUACCAUUUUGGUUAGAUAUUUUUACUUUUGAAUAGCACUUUCUUUGGCAUUUGAUUCCCUUUUAGUGAACGUAUUUCAGCCUGUGAAGUAUGCAUCAUAUCAUGCUUGACGAGCUGCCACUUUUUGCCUGUGCUGUUAAAUCACUUUAGAAUGACCAUCGAGCUACAUAGCAUGUAACGGGCUAUCCGCUUUGAGUGGAUCAGUGGUGCGAGAGAAGGUUCAUUCGUGAAGGUUGUUCUCACUUGCGAGAGUCGCUUUGUUCAAUUUCAAAAGUUUGAAAUAUAAGGUUUACCUGCGUAUUUCAUUUCUGAGAUUUGAUAGCAAUUCUCGGAUAAGGUUUUUAAAAGUAUCUCGAAAUCUGUAACUCCUAUUUAUAUGCAGAGAAGCAAAUUUCACCAUUAAUGAUGUCACUUGAGUAGAAAAAGUAGUAUGGUUAGAAAUAAAGCAAUCCUUAUGUUUCCUUCUUGUUCUAAUACCAGAGCAAGGGAAAUAUCUAGCAUCGAGCUUUUGUAAACAGCUUUCACAUCAUGCUUAUAAAAUACGAGGUGUUGUUCAGAUAUAUCAUGCUUACACAUUUGUAGAUGUAAAUAAAGUGUUCUUAGUGUCCCUCUGGCAUAUUGUCCAUCUCUUCCAUUGUACUUCAACUGACGCUAUUUUCCUCCAACAUGAAACAGACC